CGCACAGCAGGAGUUUUAGUAAAGAAGAGGCUUUCGAUUGCGCAAUAGCAGCGCUGCACGGAAAGCGUUCGGAAUUCUUCCACUGAUUUUAAGAAACCUUUUGACAGCACCAUGGCCCAAAGCACAGCGACCAAGGGUUUCUUGUUUCUUGUGUUUUUUCAACUGGUCAUUGGUAUUCAGUCUGUAGAGUUAAACAAAUGCCAACAAUUUGUCACAGACAGGCAUAUCAAAUACCUGGAUGACAUGAUAGAUAACCAAAUGGAAAGUUUGUGUACUAUAAAAGUGAAACUGUUGAAACGAAAACAUUUGUCAGACUACUGUUACAUCAGAGGAUCAGUUUAUCUGCUUGGAGACCUCCUGAGGAAGCACAUGUUAUUCAAAAUCAACUCUAUCAGCUUCAAUCGUACACAAGAGCUGACACAAUUGUACAAUAAUGGAAUCACAGAAUGCAUGCUAAAGAAUGGUGAUUCAAUAAUGAGGAAACCAAAAGUGUGCUCUGAGACAAAAGACCUAAGUCUUGCUGAAAUACUAGAGACAGUACGGGAAUUGUUCAAAGAUGCAAAGGAAUUCAGAGAAAAGUUUUCUGACCACCACAACUGCGCUGAGCUUUACAAGGAAUGUGAAGAGGAGGAUGAGGGAAAAGAGUAUCCCCCUGAAGGUCCCUCUCAGUGUGACUGCCCUUCCCCAAGUGAAAAGCCAGUAUUCCAGCAUAGCCCACACCCAUCAAGUCUUGUCCUUCCUACUUUUGACACUACAGAGGAAAUGAAUUUAAGAACACUGAGCUCUUACCCAUACAAGCCAACUGCUCCUUUGGGAACUGAGCCGAACACAGACACCACAUCUUUAAUCUCUACAGAUUUGUCAACGGAAUCUGUGUUUCAACACAAAAGGGAGUACCCUCAGGACACCACUAUACUUCUGCCAUCUCGUAGCAAAGGUCUACCACAUGCUAGAACAUCGAUUUCUCCACCCCAUGACAUUUUUCUGCAGGUUACAAUGGAGUCUCCAAAAGGUCCCACUAUGCCUCUAUUGGGGAGCAUGCAAACUACAGGUACUAAAACAAGUAAUUUCAAAGUCACCACAGACUCAUUAGAGAUCUCAUAUGCUAACACUGAACAGUUGCAGGCAAAAACAAUUUCUUUGGACAACAGAAACCACCCAACCUUUGAGACAAAUCAUUUGUUCAUUAACACUGACUUACAUUUCCCCAAUGAACUCCUACAGAGCCCAAGUACUUCUCCUUUACAGGACCAAAACCUCUUGCCAAAAUUCAACAAGGAUGCCUAUGGUGCUUUUUCCUUUAUCAGUGCUGCCACUAAAAUGCGUCGAUCUGUUGAAACAUCAGAGAAGAAAUUUAAAACCGUUUCUUCAGGUUAUAGUCUUGAAGAGUUUAGUGCCAGCUUAGUUGACUUGAGUGAUGCUACAGAAUGGGGCAGCGCAUCUGGCUCUCAUUUCCAUAAACCUCUGUUACAUGGAAAAGAGACAAAGGGCAACGACUUGGGCUGGGCUGCUGCCACUCCUUCUUCUGCCUCAAGCAUUUCACCCUCAAAGUCCAUCAAAACUGGACAACUUGAGACAACAGUUACUCUGCCCUCCAAAACAAUAGUAAAUGAGGGACACUUCACUCAGCCCAAUAUUUUGCAAAGGGAGGAAAGCUUGGCAGCUCUCACAUCUCAGAACAGAGAGAAUCAUGUUGCGAACCCCAGAUCUGACUCUAACCUGCUCCCUAUCAUUGAAACAGAGCCCAUAAAUGAUGAAAAAACUGAACACGGACUAUGGGGCUUUUUCCUGCCUCUGAUCUUUAUCUUCGGUUUAUUGAGUUCCGGUCUCCUAUGCUAUAGGAAAUAUCGGAGGAGGAGUCGGCUAAAUGGAAACCAGCGUGAUCCCGAGAUUCCAGAAGAAAGGGCCCUGCAAAGUAACUUCAUGGAAAUGAAUGAUGUGUAGAUGGGCUCUGCAAAGUAACUUGAUGGAAAUGAGUGAUAUGUAUAUGGGUUACUGUUUCAGUAGAAAUAAAUAAGGACUGUGAAAGACUGGGAACUGACCAUCCAAACUUGACUUGUUCCUGUCAUCUACAAAAUUAAGUGACUGGUUGUCUCCAGGACUCAAGUAUUAUUGUUUUCAGGAAGUGAAAUGCCAGGAAAAUAUCCAUAUGACUGCACAAACGUACUAAGCAUUGCAUGUAACCUUCCAUUGCUAUCCCUAGUGGACUUUGGUUAUGACUUGCUUGUAAAAAGGUAGCGGACACACAGCAAUGCCUUUUAGAGGAUGGACAAUGUACAGGAAUUCAAUGACCUUAAAUAACCUAUAAUUCAAAUAAAUGCUAAGUAUCAGCAUAAUUGACCACUUGGUCUCUACAUAUUAACACUGAACUAGUUUGUAUAAAUCAAUUUUCUUUAAAAAAAAAAAAAUCUAAAUAAUACAAACAUAAUGCUAUUUUGCUCUGUUUGGCUUGAAGCUUAAUGUCCACAACAAUGGUAAUUUGCAUAAAAACUAUUAUUGCAUUAAGUCGUUUUGAAGCUGUAGCUCCAGACAUCUGCUUAAAGAUGCUAAGGUAUUUUAAAUGUCAACAAUACCCACCAAAUAUUUAUAACAGAUAAGAAGGGUCUUGGCCUAUGACCUACAGGAUCAUGGUAAGCUCAAUAAAACAUCGGUAAACAUUCUCAGUUUGUUAAGAAUAUGUAUUUUUGCCAGCUAUUAACCACUCCUGAUUAAUAGUCCAUGUAGAUGAUUGUGAUGUACUAAAUUUUGGAGUUUACUGUGACCCUGUAGAAAUCUUGCACAUUUCCCAUGUACUAUUUGGUUAAGUUGUGGACAUGAGCCCCUUUUUUGGAUUAACAAUUGAAAUAAAAUGUGAAUAUUUCUAUAGUAGAAAUUGUCAAUUGAAAAAUGCUUAAGUGGUACAAAUUUGGAAGCAUUUAACUGUGUCCUUUGUUGACAUACCUAUAUUUGUGGAUACUUUAAUGCUAGUUGUUCUAGGCGGAGUAGAGCUCCUGACAUAAGCUCCAAUGUUUCUGUGCUGGACACAGAUAUUGGGGUAAUUAUUUUACAUAGGUUUUUUAAAUGUAUUUUUAUAUCAUAACAUUAUGUUUCAUGUAUUUGUAUAAAUGGUUAUUUAAGAGCAUAUUUAAUAAAUAUUAUAUAAAAUUUUA